ACUAUAAUAGUACAUUUCAUUCAACGAGUAUUAUAAGAUCUAUUAAUGUCAGUACCUAGAACAAAACCUUGGGAAGUAGCAUCAGGAACGUCAGCUGCUUCAACAGUCGGUGGAAAUGCUAGUGGAUCUACAACUUCAACCACUGCACAUGCUAUCCCCUCAUUAAGUGGUGGAACGUCAGAUACCACCCUUCCAGAUAGACCAGCAGGAUUAGGUGGUGUAUCCGGUGGAGUGACCGACCUUUCUUCUAUGUCCAACACAUCCCCAUAUGGAACUUCUAGUAUGGGUGGAGGAUAUGGAUCUGGUGGAUAUGGAUCUAGAUAUGGUUCCACUGGAUAUGGCUCAUCUAUGUAUGGUAGUGGGGGAUAUGGAGCCGGUGGCUAUGGUUCAUCGAUGUAUGGAGCCGGUGGAUACGGGUCUUCGAUGUAUGGAGGUGGAUAUGGAUCAUCUAUGUAUGGUGGAGGGUAUGGCUCUUCUAUGUACGGUAUGGGAGGUUAUGGUGGUGCUGGUGGCAUGUAUGGUCAAAAUGGUAUGGGGAUGGGUCCAGGUCAAGGUGGACUUGCUGAAGGAACUCAAGCUACUUUCCAACUUAUCGAAUCUAUCAUCGGGGCCGUAGGAGGCUUUGCACAAAUGUUGGAAGCAACAUAUAUGGCCACUCAUUCAUCUUUCUUUACCAUGGUUUCAUUAGCUGAACAAUUUGGUAAUUUGAAAAAUGCAUUAGGAUCUCUUCUUGGAAUCUAUGCUCUUAUCAAAUUCGUUAAGAAAAUCUUUUAUAAGAUUACUGGAAAAACUUAUAAUUAUGGAAUUAAUGCUGGAGAAUUUGCUAAAUUUGAAAAAGCUCAAAAGAAAUUAGAAGAAAAUAUCAGAAAGCAACAAAGUGGUAAACCAAAGAGAAUUUCAUUCAAGCCAUUAUUAUUAUUUUUAGCUGCAGCUAUUGGAUUCCCAUAUUUACUUAGUAAAGCUAUUCAAAAAAUUGCUGAACAACAACGGAAAAAGCAAGAAUUACUAACAGGACAAAAUAUAAUGAAUGGUGUUAAUCCAUUGGAUCCAGCAAAUUUACAAUUUGCCAAGGCAUUAUAUGAAUUCAAUCCUGAAAACCCUAGCAUUGAAAUUGAACUUAAACCAAAUGAAUUGGUUGCAAUUUUAUCUAAAUUGGACCCAAUGGGAAAUGAGAGUAAAUGGUGGAAAGUUAGAUCAAGACUGGGUAAGAUGGGAUACGUACCUCUGAACUACCUUAGUGUAGUUGAACGUAGAACUCCACCAAAGGCCGUGGAGGCUCCAGCAGCACCAAUAACCCCAACCAAUGUUCCAGGGACUAAUGAAAAGCAAGGUCAAGGAUUUUCAGUCAAUGAAUUUCAAAAAUUUCAAAAUUAACUAAUUAAUUUACUACAAACAUCAGCAUAUUCAAUUCUUCGGUCAGGCUAUUGGGUCUUUAUAUCUAUAUAUAUUCAAAUAAAA